AUGGAUUCAGAUACUUUGACAUUAAUUUUGGUAAAUCUAGCGGGUAUUAUGGAGAAAGCUGAUGAGAAGUUGUUGCCAGCGGUGUAUAAGGAGGUAGGAGCUGCUCUGCACACAGACCCAACUGGUUUGGGCGCGCUCACUCUGUUCCGAACCAUAGUGCAAUCUUUUUGCUACCCACUGGCCGCUUACCUGGCUCUGCGUCACAACCGUGCUCACAUCAUUGCCGCCGGCGCUUUUCUCUGGGCUGCUGCCACCCUUCUCGUUGCCAUCUCCUCCACCUUCUUCCAGGUAGCAGUGUCACGGGGUUUAACUGGAAUCGGACUUGCCAUUGUCAUACCUUCAAUUCAAUCCCUCAUCGCCGACUCAACCGAUGACAGCAAUCGUGGCAUGGCUUUUGGAUGGCUGCACCUUACAGGAAACCUCGGCUCCAUCGUUGGUGGAUUCUCUUCUGUUGUUGUCGCCUCAACAUCAGUCAUGGGCAUACCUGGUUGGAGAAUCGCUUUUCUUGGGGUUGCUUUUGUAAGUGUCAUUGUUGGGAUAUUUGUCGGCCUCUUUGCAAAGGAUCCACGCUUUUCUAAGACUCGAGUUUUUCAUGAUAAUCAAAAGAAUGUCUGGUCGGACGUUAAAGAGCUAAUUCAAGAAGCAAAGUCAGUGAUGAGAAUCCCAUCUUUUCAGGUAAUUGUGGCUCAAGGUGUCUCUGCGUCAUUACCUCGAUCUGCUUUGUCAUUCACCCCCAUGUGGCUGGAGCUCAUAGGCUUCUCCCAUGGAAAAACAGCAUUCCUUUGGAGCAUACUUGCAAUUGGUUUUGCCCUUGGAGGCCUGUUUGGUGGAAAAAUGGGUGAUAUUCUUGCACAACGCUUACCCAAUUCUGGAAGGAUUAUUCUGUCGCAAAUAAGCUCGGGUUCGGCUGUUCCUCUUGCUGCAAUUUUGCUCCUUCUAUUGCCUUAUGACCCAUCCACAGCAUUCAUGCAUGGGCUGGUCUUGUUCAUUCUCGGAUUUUUCGUCUCCUGGGAAAAUGCAGCAACUAACAAUCCCAUAUUUGCAGAGAUAGUUCCAGAGAAGUCCCGUACGAGCAUCUACGCUUUGUAUCGAGCAUUUGAGACGGUACCGGCGUCAUUUUCUCCCGCCGUAGUAGGCAUUUUGGCUCAGCAUAUUUAUGGCUAUAAACCGAUUCCAAAAGGGUCAUCAAGCGCUGCAGGGAUUGAAACAGAUAGAGAAAAUGCUGCGUCGCUCGCCAAGGCACUCUACACAGCAGUCGGGUUUCCCAUGGCAGUCUGUGCCUUCAUCUACUCCUUCCUAUAUUGUACAUACCCAAGAGACCGUGAACGGGCAAGAAUGAAUGCAUUGAUAGAAUCCGAAAUGCAACAGCUAGAGGCAGAUUUUGAAGUGGAAAAGAGCCUUGUGUUGAAUGAUAAUGAUGAGAAUUCUACUCUGCUUUCAUCUUAG